AUGUCUUCCAAGCCUUUCAAGCCCCUGACUAUCCGCAAUCCUGUUGCCGAUGGCGAGAGUUCUCGUCAGAAUAUACCUCCUGCCAAGCGAAGGAAGCUGAGCCCUCAUCACCAAGCAGCGAGGGCACCAUCCAGUGAGGGUGAAAGACAACCCCUCAGUUCGAUCGUCAACCCUCCGAGUCCUGUUACGGGAUUGGGCUGCAAUGGGUCGGACAGCAUCGAAAGUUAUUUCUCGAUCCUCUGGCGUGUUCCCACGAACAAGAAGAACAAGACUUGGACGGAUGACGGCGUGCUCGCUGUUAGAGAUGGCUUUGCAACAUUGUAUACCAAGUCCGGAAAGAGCAUUGGCCGCACUGCCUUUUCGGCUCCCUUGCUGCCCGAGUCAAACCUGACCAUCAGUGGAAAGGAAGUCGAGGUUGAUUCCCAAAUCAGCAGGAAUACUUUCCUGGAAAUUAUCGGCACCAAGCCCAAGCUUGCGAACACCGAACGCAAAGCCGCACCCAAGCCUCCGUCUGCGGAAUCUCUCGAAGUCCAAACCACAAAGCCAAGCAUACAGAGUCAGAUGAAAGCUCAAAUACAGAAAGAGAAGACUCAGGUUAAGAAGCAACCUCCUCCAAAAGUCAAUCGUGUUGGUGGUUUCAAACAACCCUUGAAGGAGUCGACUAUACUUCCGCAAGGUUUGGGUGAAUCGCCGACUCCACGGCAUGAUCCUAACGCAGAAGGCGCCCUUGUUUUUCAGAGACCCAGAAGUCCGCCCGCAGGGCGACAAAUUGUGGAUGUGGUCCUAGACCCCUUGAUUGGUAAAAGAUUGCGACCACAUCAGCAAGAUGGAGUAAAAUUUCUCUAUGAAUGCGUCAUGGGACUGCGUGAUAUCGACGGCCAAGGAUGCAUUCUUGCAGAUGACAUGGGGCUAGGCAAGACACUGACCACAAUCGCUCUCCUGUGGACACUGUUGCGGCAAAAUCCAACAUUCCGAGAGCCACCUGUUGUGAGAAAAGCCCUCGUUGUGUGUCCGGUAUCCCUCAUUCGGAAUUGGAAGCGAGAAUUUAAGAAAUGGCUCGGCUCCGACAGGUUGGGGGUACUCGAGUUUGAAGACCAACAGACUCGCCUGAGUAGCUUCGACGGGAAAGUCUUUCAGGUUAUGAUCAUUGGCUAUGAAAGAUUGAGGAUGGUAGCCGAUGAUCUUGCCAAGGGACAGCCUAUUGAUAUCGUCAUCUGUGACGAAGGCCAUCGUCUCAAGACCAUGAAGAACAAAGCCGCUCAAGCUAUUGAGUCGUUGAACACGAAGCGGAGGAUCAUUCUGUCGGGGACUCCAAUACAGAACGACCUGAGCGAGUUCUUCGCCAUGGUCAACUUCGUAAACGAUGGGUGUCUGGGAUCUCAGAAGGGAUUCAUCAGGGACUUUGAGAAGCCCAUCAUGAAAAGCCGUCAACCGGAUGCGUUACCGGCCGAAAUUGAGCGUGGUCAAGAUGCCAGCGAGGAGUUGACUCGUACAAUAUCGGCCUUCAUACUGCGACGGACAGCUGAUAUCCUGGCAGACUUCUUGCCUCCGAAGACAGAAUAUGUUCUGUUCUGCAAACCAACACCGGCACAGGCAAAAAUCUACCGAAGCAUUGUUCGUUCGCCUAUGUUCCACAGUGCGUUGCGUAGCCAGGAGACGGCGUUUCAGCUGAUCACCAUUCUGAAGAAACUCUGCAACAGCCCAGCGUUGAUGGACCCCAACUACGGCAACGAUGAGUCGAUCCCUUCGUCUUCGCUGGUGACGUUAAACGAAAUGCUUCCUGAUGGGCUGUCAAAACUUUACCAAAACUCAGUCUCUUGCAAGAUUCGUCUUCUCGAUCAACUCCUCCAGCAGAUUCGCAAUACUACUGAUGAAAAGGUCGUGGUUAUCUCCAACUACACCUCGACACUGAAUCUCAUCCAGCAACUGGCAGCAAAUUCCAACUUGUCUUCUCUCCGGCUUGAUGGCUCAGUCGCAGCGAAAAAGAGACAGGCUCUUGUGGACAGAUUCAACCGCUCAACAGCCUCCCAGUGUUUCCUGUUUCUUCUGAGUGCUAAGGCGGGUGGAGUCGGAUUGAACUUGAUUGGGGCAAGUCGCCUGGUCCUUUUUGAUGUGGACUGGAACCCUGCGACGGAUGAUCAAGCAAUCGCGCGCAUUCACCGACAAGGGCAAAAGAGACACUGCAAGAUCUACAGGUUUCUGAUCAAAGGUGGACUGGAAGAGCGAAUCUGGCAACGGCAACUCGUCAAGCGAGCGCUAGCGAACAGUAUUAUGCAAGGGGGAUCGUACACGGUAUCCUCCGCUCCGCAUGAGCCGACAACAAGAGCCCAAAGUGGUACUUCAAGUUUCAGUCAGGAAGAGUUGAAGGAUCUUUUUCGCUUGGACGAGGGCGAAGGGCUACGCACCCAUGACCUGAUUGACUGUGGGUGUGAGGGUGCGGGGCGCGAGGAAUACUGCCAGGACGAAAGUAAUGACAUACAACAGACUCGCCGAUCUUUGAGUGAGAACGAGAAAGAGUCCAGCCAUGAGGAGCUGGAAACCGCGUCUUUAAAAGCAAAAGGCCUACCGUCGAGGAAAUAUUCGGGCAGCUCGUGGACUACAGCAAAGGAUGCUAUGAGCAGCGAUACGCCACCACUCGCGACCGAAGUUGAGGCAGAGAAGCAGCAAUUGAUGCAAUACAGGCAUGUGGACACUUCGAUGCUGACUCAGGGACAUGGAGAUUCGGAGCUGAGAGGGCGAAUCAUGUCGGCAAUUGAUGAUGGCUGUCUCGAGCACGUGGUCAAUCUUGACCAGGACAUGAUAGGGGGCGGAGGGAUUUCGUAUAUAUUCAAGAAGACUAAAGGCAGUCAGUGUCUCUAA